CUGUGAAGGCAGGAUGGCGGACUCUCCCGUGUGUAACGAAGAUCAUGUUUUAAAGAUCGAGGCCCAGGAGGCCGUGAGAGAAGUAGCAUUUGCUGUCAAGUCUGUUGAAAUGUCCAAGACUCUCCCGUCAACCGCAGAACUGGUCUACCUGAAUCUCAGGACUAAGGAAGAUGUACCGUAUUGUGUAGAACUUUCAAUCAGCGGUUUCCGGAUUGUGGGAAAAUCUUUUGACAGUGUCCUGGAAGAUGAGUCUGCACGGUACUAUGAGACAAUCUAUCAGCUACUAGACACGGUGAGCCCAGAGUAUCGGGAAACUUUUGGGGACACGCUGGCCAUGAGGUUGAAGGAACUACAGGAAAGGGGAGACGACUCUUGACAACCUAUCUCAGCAGGAAGUACCAGUUCCUUUCUAUCA